CACGGACACAUACUCGUUCGCAUUCUCUCUACAACUCCAUAGCCUCCUCUGUUUCUCUGUGUUUCCUCUUCUGGGCAAAGAAGCUAUGGGGGCGACGAUACUCCCAGAUCUCGGGGCCGAGAUUUUGAUCCCGCUGUGCGCGGUGGUCGGCAUCGCCUUCUCCUUGGUUCAGUGGAUGUACGUUUCGCAGGUCAAGCUCUCCCCCGGCGGCGGCCGGGACUCCAACUCCGGGAAAAAUGGGCACAACGAGUACCUCAUCGAGGAAGAAGAAGGCGGUAACGACCACAACGUCGUCCUCAAAUGCGCCGAAAUCCAAAACGCCAUUUCAGAAGGAGCAACCUCGUUCCUCUUCACGGAAUACAGAUAUGUAGGUGCUUUCAUGGUUGCUUUUGCAAUCUUGAUCUUCCUUUUCCUUGGAUCCGUCGAGGGAUUUAGUACAAGUAGCCGUGCAUGUACAUAUGACCAAACCAAGAUGUGCAAACCAGCUCUCGCCACUGCCAUCUUCAGCACCAUUUCCUUUUUGCUUGGUGCUGUAACUUCAGUUGUUUCUGGAUUCCUUGGGAUGAAGAUUGCUACUUACGCAAAUGCCAGAACAACAUUGGAAGCAAGAAAAGGUGUUGGGAAGGCUUUUAUUAUUGCAUUUAGAUCAGGAGCUGUGAUGGGCUUUCUCCUCGCUUCAAGUGGUCUGUUGGUUCUUUACAUUGCUAUCAAUGUCUUCAAGUUGUACUAUGGUGAUGACUGGGGUGGUCUUUUCGAGGCUAUAACUGGCUAUGGACUUGGUGGAUCUUCCAUGGCUCUCUUUGGCAGGGUUGGUGGAGGCAUCUAUACCAAAGCUGCUGAUGUUGGUGCAGAUCUUGUCGGCAAGGUUGAAAGAAAUAUUCCCGAGGAUGACCCAAGGAACCCAGCUGUGAUAGCUGAUAAUGUUGGCGACAAUGUUGGAGAUAUAGCUGGCAUGGGAUCUGAUCUUUUUGGAUCCUAUGCUGAGUCAUCGUGUGCUGCCCUUGUGGUUGCUUCCAUUUCCUCAUUUGGGAUCAAUCACGAGCUAACUGCAAUGCUAUAUCCUCUCAUUGUCAGUUCCAUCGGCAUCCUUGUUUGUUUGCUCACUACCCUAUUUGCAACCGAUUUCUUUGAGAUCAAGGCUGUAAAGGAAAUUGAGCCAACAUUGAAGAGGCAGCUCAUAAUCUCCACUGUACUCAUGACCGUUGGGGUUGCGAUUGCUACAUGGAUUUCUGUUCCAUCUUCCUUCACAAUCUUCAAUUUCGGAACACAGAAAGUUGUGAAGAACUGGCAGCUAUUCUUAUGUGUCUGUGUUGGUUUGUGGGCUGGCCUUAUCAUUGGGUUUGUAACAGAGUAUUAUACAAGCAACGCGUACAGCCCUGUGCAAGAUGUUGCUGAUUCUUGCCGGACUGGAGCUGCGACCAAUGUCAUUUUUGGCCUUGCAUUGGGAUACAAAUCCGUCAUUAUUCCUAUUUUUGCCAUUGCAGUCAGCAUUUUUGUUAGUUUUAGCUUUGCAGCUAUGUACGGGAUUGCUGUAGCUGCCCUUGGAAUGCUGAGCACCAUUGCAACUGGAUUAGCGAUUGAUGCAUAUGGUCCCAUCAGUGACAAUGCUGGAGGCAUUGCUGAGAUGGCAGGAAUGAGCCACAGAAUCAGAGAGAGAACUGAUGCUCUUGAUGCUGCAGGAAACACCACUGCUGCUAUUGGAAAGGGAUUUGCAAUUGGCUCUGCUGCUCUUGUGUCCCUUGCUCUAUUUGGUGCCUUUGUCAGCCGUGCUGGUAUCAAAACAGUUGAUGUGUUGACCCCGAAAGUGAUUAUUGGUUUGUUAGUGGGCGCAAUGCUUCCGUAUUGGUUCUCUGCCAUGACAAUGAAGAGUGUGGGAAGUGCAGCUCUAAAGAUGGUUGAGGAAGUGCGCCGGCAAUUCAAUACCAUUCCAGGUCUCAUGGAGGGCACUGCCAAGCCGGACUACGCUACAUGUGUUAAGAUUUCGACUGAUGCUUCCAUCAAAGAAAUGAUCCCACCUGGUGCCCUUGUCAUGCUUACACCUCUCAUUGUUGGGAUCUUUUUUGGUGUGGAAACUCUCGCUGGCGUGCUUGCUGGAUCCCUUGUCUCCGGUGUACAGAUUGCCAUUUCUGCGUCCAACACGGGCGGUGCCUGGGAUAAUGCCAAGAAAUACAUUGAGGCUGGUGCGUCGGAGCAUGCAAGGACCCUUGGUCCAAAAGGAUCAGAAUGCCACAAAGCUGCUGUCAUCGGUGACACCAUUGGAGACCCUCUCAAGGAUACGUCUGGACCAUCGCUCAACAUUCUCAUCAAGCUCAUGGCCGUUGAGUCUCUUGUGUUUGCUCCGUUCUUUGCCACACACGGUGGCCUGCUUUUCAUUAAUGCAUAUCGCUUUUCGGUCUUCUGCGGUUUUGUGUUGUUUUCUCUUUCCAGCCAGUUAGUUUUAGCGUCUGGUUUUGCUUUCGCAAAUGUCCGCCCGCAGCAUAAAAUGUUAUCUCUCCGCCUCCACCACCCGUCGCCACCCAAACCAUAUCUCUCUCCCUCCCCCUUCGUAAAUCCCCAAAGCCUUAACCUUUCCCCAAACCCAACAACUACCCUCCCCCUCCGUCGCAACUCCCUCAAAAUCCAAUCCAUCGACGCCGCCCAAUUCUUCGACUACGAGUCCAAUCUCGCCGCCCAGUUCCGCUACGCAAGCAUGCUCAAAAUCGCCGUCAUUGGCUUCGGCAACUACGGCCAAUUCCUCGCCGAGGCCCUCGUCGCGCAAGGCCACACCGUCCUCGCCCAUUCCCGAUCCGACUACUCCAAAACGGCGCAAGACCUCGGCGUUUCGUUCUUCUCCGACCCCCACGACCUCUGCGAGCAGCACCCGCAAGUUAUCCUGCUAUGUAUCUCCAUCAUCUCCGCCGAGCCCGUCCUGAAAUCGCUGCCUCUCCAGCGCCUCCGCCGCAACACCUUGUUCGUCGACGUGUUCUCCGUCAAGGAGUUCGCCAAGGCGUUGCUGCUCAAGUAUCUGCCUCCCCACUUCGAUAUUCUUUGCACCCACCCGAUGUUCGGACCCCAGAGCGCCAAAAACGGCUGGAAAGGGCUUCCUUUUGUGUACGAAAAAGUCCGGAUUGGGUCCGAAGAAUCGCGGGUUUCGCGGUGUGAUAAGUUUCUGAGCAUUUUUGAGAGAGAAGGGUGCAGGAUGGUGGAGAUGAGCUGCGCCGAGCAUGAUAAGUACGCGGCGGAGUCUCAGUUCAUCACCCACACGGUUGGGAGAGUGUUGGGGAUGUUGCACUUGGAGUCCACUCCGAUCAAUACGAAAGGGUAUGAGACGUUGUUGGAUUUGGUGAAGAACACGGAAGGGGUUAGCUUCGAUUUGUAUUACGGGCUGUUUAUGUACAACAAGAAUGCCUUGGAGAUGUUGGAGAGGUUAGAUGUGGCUUUCGAGGCUUUGAAGAAACAGAUUUUCGGGCUUCUGCACAAUUCUGUGCGAGACCAGAUCUUUGGCGAUGCGGAGAAGGGAAGAACUUUGCAGGAGGAUAAUGCGAAUCGGGCUCAGAAUGGAGCUGCGUUGGCAUCUUCUUCUAGAGCUUCGAGAUCGCCGAAAAUUGCUCGACCACAUGACCAAAAAGCAGAGGUUUCUGAUGAAUCUAGGCUAGAUAUUGCAAUUGUCGGCUUUGGUAACUUUGGCCAGUUCCUUGCUAAGACUAUUGUACGUCAAGGCCAUAAGGUUCUAGCAUUCUCUCGAUCAGAUUACUCUGAAGUGGCUCAUAAACUAGGCGUUUCAUACUUCUCUGAUGUGGAUGAUUUAUGUGAAGAACACCCUGACGUGAUACUACUUUGUACGUCUAUUCUUUCAACCGAGAAAGUUUUGAGGUCAUUGCCCCUCCAUAGGCUCAAGAGAAAUACUUUAUUUGUUGAUGUUCUUUCAGUGAAAGAAUUUCCCAGAAAUCUCUUUCUUCAAACGUUGCCACCGGAGUUUGAUAUUCUAUGCACGCAUCCUAUGUUCGGACCAGAAAGUGGUAAGAACGGGUGGAAUGGCCUCGUUUUUGUUUAUGAUGAGGUCAGGGUUGGAAGUGAAGAAUCUAGGGUAUCACGGUGUGAUCAAUUUCUUGAUAUCUUUGCACGAGAAGGGUGCCGAAUGGUGGAAAUGUCUUGUGCAGAACAUGAUAAGCAUGCAGCAGGCUCACAAUUCAUUACACACACUGUAGGAAGGAUUUUGGAAAAAUUGGGUUUGGAGUCGACACCAAUCAACACAAAAGGUUACGAGACUUUGUUGAAUUUGGUGGAGAAUACAGCGGGAGAUAGCUUUGAUCUUUACUACGGUUUGUUCAUGUACAAUGUAAAUGCAAUGGAGCAGCUGAAGAGAUUGGACAUGGCAUUUGAAUGUUUAAGGAAGCAGCUUUUCGGGCGCUUGCAUGGUUUUGUUCGGAAGCAAAAUUUUGAGACGUCGGAAGAAGUGGAAAAGUGCAUCCAGCAUGUUGUGUGACCGCUGUAUGCCACUGAAACUCAACAGAAAAUUUGAUAAGAUGGCAAUAAGGCCGGCGAUGCUGUAUGGCAUGGAAUGUUGCGCUGUGAAGCAUCAACACGUACAUAAAAUGGGUGUAGCGGAGAUAAGGAUGCUUCGUUGGAUGUGUGGGCACACGAUAAAGGAUAAGAUUAGGAAUGAGAAUAUCCGAGGUAAAGUAGGAGUAGCCGAAAUUGAAGAAAAAAUAAGAGAAAAUCGGUUACUGUGGUUUGGACAUGUGCAAAGAAUGCCUAUUGACGCUCCGGUUAGAAAAUGUGACUACGAGACAGAGGUUCAAGGUUGAAAGGGUAGAGGAAGACCUAGGAAAACUUUGGAAGAGACUCUAAGAAAAGAUUUAGAGUACUUGGAUCUAACGGAGGAUAUGACAUAGAAUCAAUCGCAAUGGCGUUCUAGGAUUCAUAUAGCCGAUCCUAUUUAAUGAGAAAAGACUUUGUUAUUGUUGUUGUUGGAUAAGUCUCAAGUUACGCAGGAACAACCGUUGUUGCCAGAACCAUCCUAGGGUGAGCAAAAUUUUGAGAAGUCGGAUGAGUCUCAACUUACGCAGGCAAGUUGUUGCCAGAACCAUCCUGGGUGAAUCUGCGCCAAAGUCAAGGAUGACCUAUUUUGCUGUCUUUGAUUUGCUAUGGUGAUCUUUCAGUAACUUAUUUAUCUACAUUAUCACAUAAUUUUCUUUCUUUUUUAUGUUUUUUUAUUAUUCUUUUUUAUUGUAUUAUGAGGGGUUAGGAUUAUGAUCCCUGACUAGGUGUAAUUUUUUUUCGUUAUAAAUAAAAAUCCUCAUGUACCGUCGAGGUUUUUUAGAAAAAAAAACAUAAGUUUCUUUGAUUGUAUCAUUUGUGGGUGUUCAAUUAAAAUUCUUUUUUCCA